GAGCUGGUAGGAUACCCCACAGAGCUGGACAAGCUGCAGAAUCUGGUGGGCGACUACUGCUCAGAACUGUCAGACAUGACAGUCAUGUCCCAGGACGCCAUGAUGAUUACAGAUGAGGUCAAGAUGAACAUGCGGCGAGGGGAGGCGACUUUCAUCGAGGAACGCAAGGCUCGGGAGAACCGGCUCAACCAGCAGAAGAAGCUGAUUGACAAGAUCCACACGAAGGAGACCAACGAGAAGUAUCGCCGGGGCCGGCGGGACUUGGACUUCCCCUCCAACCUGAUGGGUACAGAAACUGUGAAAGUGAGGAAAAGAGAGACCUCCAAGGCGGACAUCGAAUACCAGACAGAUGUGACUGCUUUGGUGGAGAAAGUGAAGACAGCUGUGCGGUGCUCCCACCUCUGGGACAUCGCUGGCCGGUUCCUGGCUCAGAGGAACACCGAGGAGAACCUGGAGCUGCAGAUGGAGGACUGCGAGGAGCGGCGGGCGAAGCUGGAGGCUUUGAUGAAGAAGCUGGAAAUGGAGGAGGCAAUGCUCAAGUUCCGUGAGACGCCCAGCUCCGUUAGCUUCAAGUCCGUGGAGAAGAGAAUGAAGGACAUGCUGAGAGAGGAGGAAGACAGACUGCAGCUGGCCUACUCCAGCAUGACCAAGAGCCAGAAACUGCUGUUGACCAUCCAGAUAGGCAUUGACAACCUCUUCAUCCGGCUGAUUGGCAUUGCCCUGCCCACAGCCCAGAAAGAAGUGGCGCUCUCUGACAGCCUCGACGUGUUUGGCAAGCUGGCGUACUGCGAAGCAAAGCUCCUGUACCUGGCUGACAGAGUGCAGAUGCUGUCCAGCAGCGAGGAGGUGGACACAAAGGUGAGGGAUACCCUGGAGACCUCGACUCUGAAGGAGAAGCAGAACACCAGGAUCAGCUUUGAGGACCCGGAGGAGGAUAUGAUAGAAACCUUCCAGUUCGCAGACGUGGACCACAGCUACGUCCCCUCGCGGGCCGAGAUCAAGCGGCAGGCCCAGCGGCUGAUCGAGGGGAGGCUCAAGGUGGCCAAGAAGAAGAAAAAGUAACCCCGAGGAGGAGGAGCCCCUGCCCCGCCCCCAGCCCCCUAGCCGGCGCUUUGUUAAACAAAUAAACAUUUUUCCAGGACUGCUGGGACACCGGGGGAACAGGAGUCUCAG